UGCUGCCAUGUUGAGGUCAACCGUACGUUUGCGCGGAGUUUGAAGACACGCGGAAAUGCGGCGCUGUACAGACAUGAGUUGACAAGGCCGGAUCGGAACGGCCCGAAUGCACCGCUGUGGAUGAACGCGGAGGAGCUCCGAACACUUGUUGUCUCAUGUUGGCCGUGUGUGAGAUGGAGAUGAAGGGCAGUGCGGCGUGUGAGACCUGGAAGUGACCGACAUCACUGAUUGAUGAUUGAUCGCUACGUUGGGCACUCGAACUGACUGGACUGGAGCGCGAGUGGUUCUGCAGUGUAGCGAAAAGCCGGGACUCGAACGCAGCAGUGCCAGUAGCAGCAGCAGCAGCCGGCGGGGGACACGUGACGAUGUGGAGCGCGGACGCGGUGGCGCGACUCUGCCUCGAGCGCUACCGCGAGCUGCCCAAGAGGGGCAAACCGGAGACGGACCGGGAGUGGAGCCUCCUGGCCGCCGUGGUGCGCGUGUCCGCGGAGGGAGCCCUCGAGGAGGUCGUGUCCUUAGGAACCGGCACCAAAUGCAUCGGUCGGUCGGCCAUGAGUCCCCGGGGUGACGUGAUCAAUGACAGCCACGCCGAGGUCGUUGCCCGGAGGGGUUUCGUCAGGUACCUGACGGAGCAGCUGCGCAGGGCAGUGCGUGACCGGGGCACCGAAGUGUUUGAGCCUGCGGACGAGAAGGGCAAGUGGAGGCUGCGGCCGGACGUGCGUUUCCUGUUCUUCACCAGUCACACACCCUGUGGAGACGCCUCCAUCGUUCCCAUGGUGGGCACCGAGGCUCAGCCCUGCUGGCCUGUAGCGGCGCAGCACUCCAGCACUGGGAUCACUGGUGCUCUGGUGGAGCAAGAGGAAGGGAAGGAGGAGGAGGAGGGCGGCAAGAGACUCAAACGACGAGCGGAGGAGCAGGGGGGCGAAACCGCGAAGCGCCUCAAAGCGGCGCAGCGGGAGGAAGAGAACGCGGAGCCUCGGGACGUGCGCCGCACAGGCGCCAAGUGCGUGCCGGGGGCUCCCGCAGACCCCCGGGGGCCCGGUCUCGGGUACCACGGCGUGGGCGCGCUGCGGGUGAAGCCCGGCCGCGGGGAUCCCACGCUCUCCCUCUCCUGCAGCGACAAGCUGGCUCGGUGGGGGGUGCUCGGCUGCCAGGGCGCGUUGCUCUCCCACUACCUGCAGGGGGCGAUCUACUUCAGCGCCGUGGUGACGGGAAAGUGUCCGUACAGCUCGCCGGCCAUGGAGAGGGCGCUGAUCGCGAGGUGCUCGCACGUGACCGGCCUGCCCCCCGGCUUCGCCGCGCGGCGUCCGCAGCUGCUGCAGUCCGGCCUGGAGUUUCCGCACGGCCGCACGCGGUUGGACCGCGGCCACGGGCGACGGCAGGCGGGACGGCCCUCUCUGGGCAGGGUUUCUCCUUGCGGAGCAGCCAUCAGCUGGUGCGCCGUCGCCGACGGGCCGCUGGAUGUCACUGCAAAUGGCUACAAGCAGGGGGUGACCAAGAAGGCUCUGGGUACAACUCAGGCCAGGUCUCUGAUCUGUAAAGCCGAACUCUUCCGCGCCUUCUUGGCUCUCCUGGCAGCCACUCCAGACUCUCAAAUCCCAGCAUCCCUCAGGGGCAAGGAGCUGCACACAUACUGGGACUACAAGCAGGCCGCAGAGCCGUACCAGGAGGCCUGGCUGCAGCUGCGCACGCAGGCCUUUCCGCUGUGGCCACGCAGCCCCCGACAGCUGCUGCAGUUCAAGUAAAACGCAGCACACCUGGACACGGGUGCAAGAGGGGCUGACAAGAACCCACACGGGCAUAAAGGUGCAUUGAUACAGUGAGUUUAAAAGGACAAACGUGCAUGCACGAAUUUUAGUUCGUCGGGAAAAUCACAGGACGUGGAGAGAGACUUGGAAGAAUGAUCAAGGAAUCGUUGAUGGAAGAACUGCAGAGGUGUAAUGCCUUCUCUGUUCUUGUAUUGUGUAUGUGUUUGAAGGCUGC